UGCAGAGUUGGGUAAUUGAUGUCCACACCCUCCUCUUUCUCUUAUCUUCUCUUUCUGAUCUUCAUCUUUCUCAUCACUAAUCAUUUUCCCCUCUCUUUUUUUCUUCUCUCACUAUCAAAAUUCUCUUAUAUACAACAACCCCACUUUAGAUCUGUUUUUAUUUUGAGUUGAGAUGAUGUAGAUUUUUAUUUUCAUUUUUUUGUAAUAGUCAAAAUCCAAAAAAUAAUAAUAAUCAUAAUAUACGAAGAGAAAAGAAAAAGUGUGUAGGUGGGAGGAGGGUAGUUGAAAAGUGAAAUUAAGAUGGAAUUUGAUGAAGAGCAAGAACAGGAAAUUGGUGUUGCAGGAGCAGAAAAUUACCAAACGGGUAACAAUACUGGAAGAGAAGAAGGGGUUUCCACUACUAGUAUUGUCAGAAAAAGUAAUGUUAGGUAUAGAGAGUGUUUGAAGAAUCACGCGGUCGGCAUAGGUGGCCACGCCCUUGAUGGAUGUGGCGAAUUUAUGCCGGCCGGUGAAGAAGGUACUAUGGAUGCGCUUAAAUGUGCGGCUUGCAAUUGCCACCGAAAUUUCCACCGUAAGGAAGCAGAAGGUGAGGUGUUCCAUCAUACCCCACCACCCCACCUCACGCAUCACCAUCAUCAUCACCCCCAAUUUUCACCUUUUUCUUCGUAUCGAACCACCCAUCACCCGUCUGGGUACUUACACGUUAACCCACCUCUACAUCAGCGCCCUUUGGCCCUGCCAUCUACUUCUAGGGACGACGAAGAUAUGUCGAAUCCUAGUAGUAGCGGUGGAGGUGGGGGUGGGGGGAGUGGUGGGCUAGGUGAUUCAAGAAAGAGGUUUAGGACAAAGUUCACCGGAGACCAAAAGGAUAAAAUGUUGGCAUUUGCGGAAAGAUUGGGGUGGCGUAUGCAAAAGCAAGAUGAGGCAUUAGUGCAGCAGUUUUGUGCAGAGACAAAUGUCAAGCGACAUGUUUUCAAAGUUUGGAUGCACAACAACAAGCACACUCUUGGUAAAAAACCCUAAACAAGUAAUUUAAAAUUUUUUCUUCACUAUGCUUAAGUUUUUCUUUUUAACCUUUUUAUAGGGUAAAAAGAAAUUAAAGCAUAUUUCUAUUUGAUGGAACUAGCUAGGAGGAAAAUUUGGAAGAGGGCAGCUAGUUUAAUUAAUUAGAUCAUCAUUAAGCCAAGGAUUUGUUGUACGAGAUCAGUAUUAUUAUCAAAUUUAACAUUUUGAUGAGUAACUUGUUUAGGAUUCCUAGCUACUAGCUAAACAUUGUUAGUCAGUCACCUUUGGUGCUUUCUUUAUUUGUCCAUUGGAAAUUCCAUCUGAUUUUUUUUUACGUGUAAUUGGAUAUCUUAUGUGCAAUGAUGAGUUUGAUCUUUGCUUAUUAUGCACCUUUGAGUGUUGCUUAA